UCCAGAUAGCUAACUAUUAUACUAGGAGGAACUAUUUUUCCCCAUUCUCUAAAAGCUUAUAUAGAUAAAUGGCCCAGGCCAAUGCAACAAAACUUGGCAGCUCUCUCCCCGUUCCUAGCGUUCAGGAGCUGGCAAAGGAGUUGCUGACCCAAGUUCCUCUAAAAUAUGUUCGUCCUGAUCUCGAGCCUCCGCUCCUGUCCAACACUGCUGCUUUACUUCAAGUUCCGGUUAUCGAUAUGCAAAAGUUGCUCUCCGAAGAUUCCGUGGAUUUAGAAUUGAACAAGUUAGACAGAGCUUGCAAAGAAUGGGGUUUCUUUCAGGUGAUUAACCACGGAGCAAAGAAAUCAUUGGUGGAUAAAAUGAAGAUAGAGCUUCGAGAACUCUUCAAUCUACCUAUGGAAGAGAAGAAGAAGCUAUGGCAAGAACCAGGACAAAUGGAGGGAUUUGGGCAACACUUUGUUGUGUCUGAAGAUCAGAAGCUUGAUUGGGCUGACCUUUUUUACUUGAUUACACUUCCAAUCCAUAUGAGGAAGACUCAUGUCUUUUCUGCUCUUCCACCAUCUUUCAGGUUCACUCUCCUCAUUAUCUCCACUGUGGAAGCUUACUCGGCAGAAUUAAGAAUAUUGGCAAUGAGAAUCCUUGAACAGAUGGCGAAAGCUCUUGGGAUCAACUUUCAUGAAAUAGAAGAGAAUUAUGAAGCAGGAUGGCAGUCAAUGAGAAUGAAUUACUAUCCUCCAUGUCCACAGCCAGACCAUGUAAUUGGUCUUAAUCCUCAUUCUGAUGCAGGUGGCCUCACUAUCCUUCUCCAAGUCAAUGAAAUUGAAGGCCUCCAAAUAAGAAAAGAUGGGAAUUGGAUUCCUGUCAAACCACUUCCUGAUGCUUUUGUCAUUAAUAUCGGAGACAGUUUAGAGAUUAUGACCAAUGGAAUAUAUCCUAGCAUCGAGCACCGAGCAACAGUUAACCCCAUCAAAGAAAGGAUUUCUAUAGCCACAUUUUACAGUCCAAGAUUUGAUGGAACUAUAGGACCAGCACCAAGCGUUAUAAGUCCAGAGACUCCAGCACGGUUUAGAACAAUGACCGCCGCAGACUUCUACAAGGGAUACUUUGCGCGCGAACUCCGCGGAAAAUCAUACCUUGAGGAAGUAAGGGUUCAGGAUAAAGAACAAACAAACGGAAAUGACUUGUAGAAAUUUGAAGAAUGACAAUAAAAAAUAAAAAAUAAAUAAUAAGACAUCAAUACAAAUAUGAGAAGGAAUAAGUAUCAUACACCCUAUGGUACAUAGAAGUAUGCAAAAAUAAGUUUGGUGCACCUAUCCGAUCCUACUUGCUAAAUUCAGGCUUUGCACCACGCAUGACCAUUAAAUGUAUGGUUGACACCGACUCGUAACUCUCAAAUUUCUUUUACUAUUAAU